AUAUCGUGUUUUGUAUUUGAACAUUUGUAUAGGAUUAUUGAAUUACGAGUAUAUAUAUAAUUUUUAAAUAAAUGUAAUGUACAGCAUUUAAGUAUAAAUAGAUGGUAAACAAUUAUGUUAAAUAUCUUAAAAUCUUUGUGUAUAAAGUAAUACAGUGUAGCAGUUUACAUUUCAAACCAAUUUCGACUCAACAAUAAUGCCUGGGUGGUAUUAUGACAAAAAAGAACUGAGAAAUACACCUUCUGCACAAGAUGGAAUUGAUUACAAAACUGAAAUGCGUUAUCGAAAGGAGGGAGCUAGAUUAAUCAUAGAUACAGGGUCUAAAAUGGACCUUGGUUACAAUACUAUGGCUACAGGUGUUGUAUAUUACCAUCGGUUUUAUAUGUUUCACUCAUUCAAACAGUUCCCUAGAUAUGUAACAGCAUGUUGCUGUUUAUUUUUGGCAGGAAAAGUAGAAGAGACUCCGAAGAAGUGCAAAGAUAUAAUUAAAAUUGCUAGGAGUUUAUUAACAGAUCAAAAAUUUGCUACAUUUGGUGAAGAUCCAAAAGAAGAGGUUAUGACUUUAGAAAGAAUUUUACUGCAAACUAUUAAAUUUGAUUUGCAAGUAGAGCACCCUUAUCAGUACUUAUUAAAAUAUGCCAAAUGUUUGAAGGGAGAUAAGGUAAAACUGCAAAAAAUGGUACAAAUGGCAUGGACUUUUGUAAAUGAUAGCCUUUGUACCACAUUAGCCCUUCAGUGGGAGCCAGAAAUUAUAGCUGUAGCAUUAAUGUACCUAGCAGGAAAAUUAAGUAAAUUUGAGGUUGUGGAUUGGAUUGGAAGAAAUUCGAAACAUAUCCGUUGGUGGGAUAUGUUUGUGGAAGAUGUUACAAUGGAGUUAUUGGAAGAUAUUUGCCAUCAGGUGCUUGAUCUCUACUCUCAGACCGACACAAACAAUACUCCAGACAGCCCCCCAUUGCAGGCUCAAAAGUCCGUAACACAGGUAUCUCCAGUGAUUGUACAAAGAACAUCCAAUGGCAAUGAAAAAGUUGUGUCACCAGAUCAACCUCCACCCAUUAACAUUAAAGUACCUCCACCAUCUUCUGAUGUGCCUCCAUUUCCUUAUCAGACUUUCACGGGAGCACCCCCAUCCGUUGCAAGUUAUGCAGCAGCUUUCUCAACUUCAAUGGGUGCUCCUCCAAGUGUACCAGCUCUACCACAUAUGGCUGGUCCACCACCAGGACCUCCUCCACAUAUAACUGCACCUCCUCCAACUGUUUUUCCUCCUUAUGUUAAUCAUCCCCCUCCCUUUACAACUGUGGUACCCCCUGGAGGACCACCAUUUUUCCCCACAAAUGCUCCACCUCCAAGUCAGCCUCAUAGGCCUUUUUAUCCGCCUCCAACAUAGAUAUAUUAAUUAAGUUCUGUUUGUGUUAAUUCGAAUUAUUUUGUAAAUUAAUAUGUGAUUUUUGCAAGAAAGAUUAUGAUAAAACAUUGA